GUAGAAGCAACAUCACGUCUGCAGAUUUCCACAGGAAUGAGAAGAUUCUGUCUAUGUCCGACCUCAGGAAUAAGAGACAUGGGCAGGGUGGUCCUUCUCAUUCUUGUGGGUCUCUGUCAAGCCAUUUCUGCCUCUCCAGAAGAUCAGAACAUCUCCGCUGUGAUUGGAAGAGACGUUACUCUGCCAUGCAAGGCUAAGGGGUACAUGCCCUUUAAAGUGGUGGAGUGGAGCCGACCUGGAGAACACCUAGAAUACGUUCUCAUACUAAGAAACCAAAACUUAGACCCAAAAAUCCCCAAACCGGGCUACAAGGGCCGAGUGGAGCUGAAGGACCUACAGAACGGAGACGUUUCUCUGGUUCUGAAGAACGUGACGUCUGAAGACAGCGGAACAUAUGAGUGUUAUGUUCUAAAAAACACAGUCCGCAGGAAGAGAGCCAUUAAACCAAUCAGCACCAUCACACUCAACGUUCUUCCUCUGGGAUCCAAUCAUGAAAGCCAAGAUAAUGGAGAGAACAGAGAUGGUUCUGAUGGUCUGACAGGUGUUGGACUCAUAGGACUGAGCAUUGGGCUGGUGUCUGUCGCAGCUGUGAUUGUGUCUGUCAGUGUCAUGUUGCUCCGAAAAAAGAAGAUGAAAAGGGUACCUCCUUCAUCCCCCAUUUAUAUUCAAGUUGACAGCCUUCAGGAGCUUUCACCAACAGGUGUGGAUAAGAGUGGUCACUUUCCACUCCUUUCACAUCAUUGUAAACCAGCCAUUGGGGAGACAGGAUGUUGCUCUAAUGCCGGUCCCAAGCCCGGAAAAAUGGGGAGGGUUUAGUCAGGAAGAAAAUACUUUUAAUCUUAAAACAAAAGAAAAAAAUGCCUUUUUUCUAAUAGAAAGCCAAACUUCAUGAAAAAACUUCCAGACUAAAAUCCUCCCACUGCAGUAAAAUUAAGCAAAGGAGAAAAAAAAAGAGUAAAAUACUUAAUUCAGCAUUACUGUGGCUCUAAUCCCUUCGCCGUCUAAAGCUUUGCUGCUGCAAAACUAUCAGGCCUUUGCACACAGCUAAUCAUCAUCUAGGUUAGGACCCUGUAACACCUUGCCGAUUUAGCCAGCGUAUGCCUGACGUCCCAGAAUCUCCUAAAAAAGCUAGCGUACGCUUAACUUUUUAUGUAUGUUUUUAAUGGGGGUAUACAUAGCGUAUUCAUAACGAGUCCAGAACUUAUGACCACAGCCUAACUUAUGCAUAACGCAUGGUAGCGUAACGCGUGCUCAAAAAACACCUGCUGUAUGCCGACGUGUUUUAGCGUGCUUCAGUGCACUUCAGUGUGCUCAUUAAUUAUACAAAAUGUACCCAUUACUUAUCCAAUGUAUGCCAGCGUUUUUUCCAGGUUUUCCGUACAUCAGGCAUAAGCUGGUCACUUAUGCCUGACAAAAACACUUUAGCCCCUGUGACAACUUGACAAUUUAUGUCAAGUUGUCACAGGGGCUAAAGUGUUUUUCAUCAGUGCUCCUCAGGGAGCACACUGGCCGGCAUAUCUUGGAUGUUUCCCAUCUUCCACACACCUGAUAUCAAUUGAUAUCAGAUUAUCAGGGUUUCCUAGAUUGCAAUCAUCUGAAUCAGGUGUGUUGAAGCACAGAAACUUCUAAACUAUGCAGGGCAGAGUGCCCGGAGGAGCAGGGUUGGAAAACACUGAUCUAGGACUGCAUUCUGCUAAUGCAUGGGUACCAAACAGGUUCCAGAAAGGGCCGUGUGGCUGCUGAGUGUCUUUCCAUCCAAACAUUAAUAUAUCAGACUCCAGUUCAGUCUUAACAAGUGGUGCAUCAAUACUGAUAUAAGUAUCGGAAGGUGCCCCGAUCUAGCACUAAAAUGGUAGUAUCGGCGAGUACCAAGAAAUAGGGCACUGAUACCAUUUUGUGAGCCAAAGGUUUAUUCAUCAAUUGUCACCCAUUCCAGGU